GAUCAAGGAAUAAUUGCUGCUUUCAAGAAGUUGUACAUUAAACAAUGUCUUCGGUACAUCCUCGAAAAGCUUGAAAGCGAUGAAACGAUGACGGUAAUUCAAGCGUGGAAAGAAUUUAAGAUAAGAGACGCUCUGACGUUCAUAGGAAAGGCUCUGUCUUCUAUGAAAUCUAAAACAUUGAAUUCGUGCUGGAAGCCACUAUGGCCAGAAUGCGUGAAAGCUGGUUCAACAGACCCUUCAAAUGUGGAAGAAUCAGAAAUUCUCAUUCUGGCACAUGCAAUUGGAGGGAAAGGAUUCAAAGAUAUGGAUAGUAGAGACGUUGAAGAGCUUCUUGAAGACACCGAAAUUGAAGAUGAUGAACUGAUGCAGAGUUUAGUCACAUCGGAGCCUUUAGAGGACGAUGAAGACCGGGAUAUCAAGCCAUGUGAUAUCGAAGACGGGAAUAAAUUAGCGGAUACCCUCGUAAAACAUUUUAUGGAAAAGGAUCCUUGUGUUGAGAGAGCCGUUUCAUUUCGGAAUGAUUUGAAACUGUGUAUGCUUCGCUACAAUAGAUUGAACGAAAAAACACAGCCAACAGUUAUCGAUGAAGAUGACGAGGAUUUCAGCUUACCAUUGGAACGCAGACGAUCUCGUCCGAUUUCUUCGGAUGAGGAAGAUAUCGCCACAUCAUCUAACCGCAAACAUCCACGUGUUGCUAAUGAUAGUGAUUAGAUCAAUAAAAGAAAUUCUUUUUUCCACUUGACUACAAUAAAAUUGAUUUAUGAAUACAUUGGUAAAAAUAUCAUGGUAAAAAACUAAAAAUAUGUUUAAUUAAAUUUGUCUAAAUUCCGAAAACAUUUGUUUGUAUUGUAAUUUUUUCAAAUUGCAAAAAUGCAAUUUGAAAAAAUUACUUUCGAACUACUGGACCGCUUCACAUGAUCGAUAUAUCAAAUUAAAGCCAAUUAGCUAGUCUUUCUUGAAAAAAUGUUAUACUAGCAAAACAGUUGGAUUUUGUUUUCGUAAUUAUUGAUUGUAUUUGUUUGCUUAUAGUUUACAUGAUCCAAGGACGCUAUAUUUUUUUAUGUUUCUUGAAAGUUCUGGUUUUUCCACACAAGAUAAUCGAAAAUCAGAAAUGUGAUUUUUAUCGUUUUCGAGUUAUGAGUUUGCCGAUGGUCCGAAAAAUCAGAUUUUUCUCUUUUUCUAUAAAUAACUUUUUUCUAGAAAGAAGAAGCUUUCAAGAAAAAAAUAUUUAAAAUAUAGUGCCCUUGGUCACGCAACCAUAUAAACUAUAAAAAACAAGUACAAUCAAUAGUUACGAAAACUUGGCAAAAUUGGUUGUACUGUUCGAAAAAUGAGAAAAAAUGUUACUCUAUGUUUCUAUAUUUUGUAUUUUAUAUGAAACAUCUAAAUUGGUAAAUUUUAUCAACAAUUAGAGCGACAAAAACUCUAAAGUUUUUAAUUUGUUAUUAAUUUUAUCAAAAAAAAAAAUGCAUAAUAAACUUGAUUGUUUCUUGAAAUUUAAUUGAAGCUUUCUGAACGCUCUAUAAUUUGUUCUUCGACAUCUAGCUCCUAUAUUUUCUUAUUCCGCAGCAAUAUCAUUUUAAACAAUUCCUGGUGAGUCUUCAAUUAGAAUUUCCUAAUUACCACGGUUUUUACUCCAUUGUACUUAUAAUAUCCAAUAAACUUUCACCUUAACUUUGAAAUAUUACUUUUUUUCUUUCUUGAAAAAAGGCUAUUUGAGAUAUAAGACUUUUUUUUCAAACUGAGUGUAUUAUAGUCCAAAAUUGUAUAUAAUCGAACCAUAGAUAAUCGUGUCAGUAUAUAAUCGACUCUGUAUAUAAUAGAGUGAAUAUAUUACUUCAGAAAUCCGGUUUCAUUAUUGUGGUUUUAGUUGAAAACCUGACCAAGAAAAUUCAUUUUGCUUUCGUUGGAUUGCGCCUGCGAACUAUGUGCUACAAGAACGGAGCUUACAAACAUCUUUACAUCAGUUGCUCCACAAUUGGACUGUACUUGCAUCCUAAUUUGUGGACUAUUGCUGUAUUUGCCUGAAAAUAGAGUAUCCAAACUACAGUUCGGAAUAUGAAUCAUGCGUCGAAACUUGAUUCAAAUUCCGAUCACUACUUUAAUACUAAUUUUAAAGAAGAUGUCUGCAUAAAAGAUUUCUAGUAGAUCCAUACCUUUUAUAGCACUUAACAUGAAAACAGCAUACAAAAUAGUUAUACAACUACAAAAACUGAAAAACUGCGGAAUUUGCUAACGCAAACAAUGUGUUAUUGGUUUCGACACAUUUUUUGCAAAUGCUUAGUCUUAUGAAUUAUAAGCUGUAUCGAUACCUGUAAAUGUUAUUUGAAUGUAGCCAAUACCUCAAACAAUGUCAAGGCUUUCAUUAUUCUAUUAUUUAUAACAUUAAAGUUUAGUAAAUUUACAUUUGAAAAUUAAGUGUUCGGAAUUUGAGACAAAACAGUACUUUGAGCUCCAUCAACCAAAUGUGUCUAUCUUUUGAGUCGUAGUAAAUGAUAUCUGCUUCUAUGAAAUGCUAUAAUAUGCAUGAACAAAUUCAGUUCAGAAAAAAGCAAAAAGCGUUUGAACUUUUUCACCGUGGAGAAAUAUUAGGUUGUCUUAUGUCCGAUUGGGGCAGUCUUUCUUUGGAAAAAGUAAAUAGCCUUUGUGAAUCACGAAUAUACAUAUUUUUACUGGUAGAUGAAGAACAAUCGCUAAGAUCGGACGCAAAUAGAUAGCAUCCUUUUCUCCAGAAUAGUAAAAAAAACUUGAACCCUCGAAACUGUAUUUAUUUCUAUACAAACAUUUGAAACAAACCAUCUCGAUUACUACGGCAAAAAACUUCACCACAUAUGGUUAAGGGUGCUUCAAGUAACUCAAUUUUCAAAUUAGGCUUUUCAAAAGGAAUUACAUUGCUUAAAAGUGGUAUCUCUCAUUCGUUCAAUAGAUUAUUUUCAAAAUUACACAAAUGAAUUUCGAAUACUUAUUCAACCAUUGAUCAAAAUAUCCGACAAAUCUUUUGACAUAUUGUAAAGUGACAGUCAAAAAAUAUACGAUGUUACAUACUUCUGUCCGGUACUGUGAGUAAAUUUAACACUUAACGCCCACGUUUAAUCUGGGAAAGCAAAUAGCGCAAAAAAAGAAAAUGUAGAACUGGUUUUUCCUAAAUGAACAAAUAAAUUCCUAUUUAACAAUCAUAACAUUUUCCCCUCCAACAAAUAUGUCACCAGAGGAGAAUUUUCGAUCAUUGCUUUCUACGGAAAUCAAGUAAGGACGCAAUACAUUUUAGAUGUAAGGAUAGUUUUCAAGAAUUGAGUGUGAAGUGUGAGUGUGAAUGAGAAUGUAUGAAUGUAUGAAUGUGAACAUUGUUAAAAUGUCCUUACAUCCCAUCCUUUUCCUAAUGAAAAUGUGUCACCCUUCUAAACUCGAGUCGACCGCGAGUAAUCGGUUUCCUAUUUUAUUAACCAUAGAAUUAAGGAAACAUGUUAAUAUAUUCUAGUUAAAAUAUAGUGAUGAAUUUGGCUCCUUUAAACUUAUGCAACUGAGCCUGUAAAAAUAAACGAUUUAAUUAAAAAAACAGUAAGGACGUUGGUCCAAAUGACGAACUAGCCAAAGGCUGAGUGUCAUAAAUAAAAAUAAAAAACGGGGACAUAUCUUUCACAUUUUUUAGAUUGGUGUUUGACAUCUCUUGAAAUUUUUUUUGAAUUCAUAUCGCUUGGAGUCUUUUGAGUAAAAUUUACAAAAGAUAUUUCAUAUUAAAUUUGUGUUGAAACAUAUAAAAUUUCGCUGAAAUACAUCCGAAACAAAAAAAGGGGAUCAAGCUCACAUUACUUACACUAUUGUUGUUUAUUCUUUUUCCAUUCGGUUACCAAAAUCGUUUCAACGCUAGCUGAAAUCGAACCCAGAAUCAGGUACCAAUUUCGCCAAGAUUGCGACAACGUUAUCACGAGAAUACUAAAUCUUAUCCCUCAGAUAUACCGUGUUAACCUCGAGCAAACCACAGUUAUUUAACUCAAUUCCCAGGAGACAAACAUAGAAAAAAUGAAUUUGGCUCCAAAUAUUGAAGCAAACGUACUUAAGUCUUACAAAUGAACAAAUUGAGAAGAAAAUACAACAUACCGCGUAUAAAUCGAUUCUUUUGGAAAAACCGCGUAAAUUCCGAAAUCCGCGUAAAAAAAACCGCGUAAAUU